AGACAAAAUGGCCGUUGACAUCGUUGACGACAAGUCUGAGCACUGUAUACCUUUCAUCCUUGACAAGAUCAAGGCACAUUGCGACUAUCACAAGAAAGAAAGCACAGAUGCCCCACCAUUCUUCCNNCUCGGUCUGAACGGAAUCCAAGGUGCUGGGAAGACCACUCUGUUCUUCCCUAAGACAUCAAGGUUCAAAAUAGUUCUCUCGGUUGAUGAUCUUUACCUUCCUCACUCAGCCCAGAAAUCACUUGCAGACUCCCAACCCACAAAUCCACUAAUCCAGCACCGUGGCCAACCUUCCACCCACGACAUUUCCCUUGGCAAAGACAUUUUCUCUCAACUCGCAGCUCGUAAACCAAACAUUCGCAUCCCCAGCUACGACAAGUCUCUUCACAAUGGCCAAGGCGACCGUACAGACCCAGAGACCUGGGAAGUGGUCAACAAGGACGGAGAGCCACCAGUCGAAGUCGUGAUUUUCGAAGGCUGGUGUGUGGGCUUCAGGAGUCUGAGUGACAGAGAAUUGGUGGAGAAGUGGGAGGGUGCAAAGGCGGCGAGGAUUUUCGACAAGGAGGCUUAUCAUGGAAGACUUGCUUCGUUAGAGUUGGAGCAUGUGUCGUUUAUUAACGAUGCAUUGAGGCAGUAUGAUGCUUUGACCGACUACUUUGGUGCCUUGAUCCACAUCGAUGCUGUCGAUACACUCUUCGUUUACGAGUGGCGCUUGGAGCAAGAGCGUGCCUUGCGAAAGGCAAAGGGGACCGGCAUGAAAGACAAGCAGGUCAUCGAAUUCGUCAAUGGCUNNGUGAGUUGUCUGAGGAUCAUAGGUACUUCGAAACGUCCUUUACUGACCCAAUUGUGCACAGACUAUCCAGCCUACGAGCUCUACACGGAAGUGCUUCGUAAAGGCAUCUUCCAGAAGACUGGCAAACAGCUGCGACUAAUAGUCAACAAGCAGCGCAAAGUAGAGGAAGUGGAGAUACAG